AUGCUUCGUCUAGCUUUUAAGCAAUUAUCACGUCAAUCUUUCUCAUAAAAAAUGAAAAUCUACGAACUAUUAUUCGAAAGAGGCUAAAAAUUCUUUAAUCUAAACCAAUAUUAAAACGCAAUUGAUUAAUUAGAGACCUGCAUGUCUGUGUUUGCAGAUGCCAAACAGUCAAAACGAUGGGAGGAUACUAAAUUCGAAGAUUUGAAUUGUAGACACUACCCUGAGCAAUAAUAAAUAAAAGUUUGCUUUUAAGACCUUUGGAAUAGGUUAUUCGAAUUGAUGGGUAAAUGCUAUUAUGUUUUGCAUGAACAAGCAGCUUGCACUAAGAUGUGCGAUUAUUGGCAAUAAUUGAAUCCUCUGUGCGCAGGGGCCUUUAUUUUAAGAGCUUAGGUACUAAACUUUUAGAUAAAUAAGUCUCGGUUUUUAUCAGAGCAAGUAACUCAAUUGGAUUGUUAAAUGAUUUGCAAGGAUCUCAAAUUCGCCCAGCAGUUGGAUCCUCUUAAUGAAGGCAUAACCAAAGUCUACGAGAUGGUUAAAACACAAUUGAAAAGGUUCGAAGAGCAGGAUAGCGACAAAGAACUUUACGAUCAAUAAGACACAACUCAAUAUGAUGUCUAUGAGGAUGAGGAGUUACCCCAGGAUUUCAUGGCCUAAUUUGCAUAUCAAGACAACGAUUAAGAGCUUAGCUAUGAGUUGGACCCAAAGAAACCUAUACCGAAGGAGGUUUAGGAAUUAGGGCGAUUUAUUGAAACCAGAGGAAUGGAAAUGGUGAAGACCUACUAAUAGAAUGGUUAGAUAAAGGAAGCAGAAGACCUGAAGGAUAAACUACAAAAGGCAUUGAUAGCAAAGAAACAACUAGAGAAGAUAUCUCAAUUGGAUUUUAAUAGGCCCAAGAAAAAGUUAUAUCAAUUCGCUCAGAAGUUUGGUAUAGAUCUGUUGGAUCCACAAGUGCAGAAUGAAUUUAAGAGAAUUUAGGAGUAGAACUUGGAAGACAUUAGGGAAUGGCUCAAGCAGAAUUAAUGGAGCAUUGUGGAUAAAGCAACUCAGAUUCAAUAACAAGAGAAAGCUCGAUAAGAAUUGGCUAAGCUGUAAUUCAAGAGGAAAAUGAUACCUUAAAAGGUAAUUGAAAUUAGAUAAGUAAUAUUUUAGCAUGCAAAACAUAAAUGCAUUAAGAAGGUUGCCUUAUCCAUGCAUUAAAACAGUUCAAGUCCAUUGACGAUGAACAAGAGUGUCUCAAGCGAAUUGGGUAGUGUUUAAUUGAAUAAUUCAUGUAAUAUUUUGGGUGUAUAAAUUUUAUAGCUUAAGGUGAUGAUGAACCUAUUUGUAAUUUGA